AUGUUCCGCGCAGUAAUAUCCACAUUCUGCCUCAUUUUCCCCUUAUACUUCUUAUAUAAACCCCCUCAAUCUCUGAUUCGUUAUCUCCAACGCCGCUGGCCGGAUGUUCUAUUCCAUCACCCCACGGCAGAAAACGUUGUCGCGCUAACAAUCGACGACGCGCCCUCCUCACACACAACCGCCAUUCUCGACGUCCUAAACGUCAACAAUGCAACCGCCACAUUCUUCGUAAUUGGAUCACAAGUCUCUGAUUAUACAUCCGUGCUCGGCAAGCUAGUUUCUUCCGGCAAUGAGUUAGCCAACCAUGCUAUGCAUGACGAGCCAUCGCGCGGGUUAAACAACACAGUCCUUGCGGAGCAAAUACAGAGCGUACAGGAGCUUAUCCAAGAUGCAUACCGAUCAACUGGUGCAGAUGGUCCAAAGAACUGGUUCUUUCGUCCUGGAUCGGGCUUUUUCUCCUCGCGCAUGCGCGCGCUAGUCUCGGAUAUGGGAUAUCGACUCGUUCUGGGCGAUGUGUAUCCUCAUGACCCCCAAGUGCCAUUUUCCGGGUUGAACGCGAGGCAUAUCUUGAGUAUGGUCAGGCCCGGUAGUAUUAUCGUUUGCCAUGAUCGAAGGGAUUGGACUGUGCCCAUGUUGCAGGUUGUACUUCCUGAACUCCGGCGUCGAGGAUAUCGCAUCGUUACAGUGUCUGAGCUUCUUCAAAAGCCUGGGAUGCAAGACUCUCUAUGA